AUGCUACCUGGAUGGCCUCUAGUAACAAUUGGCGCAGUCACAGCGUUGUUUAUGGCAUUUUCUUUACAUCAUAUCGAAGAGGGGCAUGUUGGAGUUUAUUAUCGAGGUGGUGCUCUAUUGAGUCGUGUCAGUCAACCAGGAUAUCACCUGAUGUUUCCGUUUUUUACAACAUGUAAAUCAGUUCAGGUCACCUUACAAACUGAUGAAGCCAAGAACGUACCUUGUGGGACAAGUGGUGGUGUUAUGAUAUAUUUUGAACGAAUCGAAGUUGUGAACAUUUUAUCUUCAUCGAGCGUUUACGAUAUUGUGAAAAAUUACACGGUAGAGUACGACAGGCCAUUAAUAUUCAACAAAGUUCACCAUGAAGUGAAUCAAUUUUGCAGUAGUCAUACACUUCAAGAAGUUUACAUCGAUCUUUUUGACCAAAUUGACGAGAAUUUGAAAACGGCUCUACAAAAGGAUUUAAUCAGAAUGGCUCCUGGUCUUUCCGUGCAAGCAGUCCGAGUAACAAAACCUAAAAUACCAGAAUCAAUACGACAGAAUUAUGAGCAAAUGGAAGCUGAAAAAACCAAACUUCUUGUAGCUAUCCAACAUCAAAAGGUAGUUGAGAAAGAAGCUGAAACGGAACGCAAAAAAGCUGUUAUAGAAGCCGAAAAAGCCGCCCAAGUAGCAGCUAUUCAUUAUGAACAACAUAUAGCUGAAAAAGAAGCGCAGAAAAGGAUUUCUCAGCUGGAAGACGAAAGUCAUAUAGCUCGAGCAACUGCCCGUGCAGAUGCUGAAUUUUAUUCAAGGAAGAAACAGGCAGAGGGUAAUCAAAUGCUAUUAACCAAGGAAUUCUUGGAACUGAAGAGAAUUGAAGCAAUUGCAUUGAAUAAUAAAAUAUAUUAUGGUUCUCAAAUACCGAAUGCAUUUUUGGACAUUAACUUUCCGUCUGUCCAAAAACAAUCCACAAAUUGA